AUGCCCGGGGCUGGGGACCGAGGCAAAGCCCUGGCGAGAUGGCUGGGCGCUGGGCUUUUGGGCCUCCUGAUCCCGAUGUCCCUGUCGCUGGAGGUGUCUGUGGGAAAGGCUGCCGUCAUCUACGCUGUCAACGGCACAGAGGUCCUGCUGCCCUGCACUUUCUCCAGCUGCAUUGGCUUCGAGGACCUCCGAUUCUGGUGGACCUACAACAACAGUGACAGUCCUAUCAUAGAAGGGACUGUGAAGAACGAGAAGUCUGACCCCAGGGUGACGCUAAAAGACAAUGACCGCAUCACUCUGGAGGGCACCACCAAGGAGAAGAAGAACAACAUUUCCAUUCUGCUGAGGGACCUGCAGUUCAGCGAUGGCGGCAAAUACACCUGUCACGUGAAGAACCCCAAGGAGAAUAAUCUCGAGCACAACGCCACCAUCUUCCUCCAAGUCGUGGAUGAAUUGGAAGAAGUGGACAACACGGUGACACUCAUCAUCCUGGCAGUCGUGGGCGGGGUCAUCGGGCUCCUCAUCCUCAUCCUGCUGCUCAAGAAGCUUAUCGCCUUCAUCCUCAAGAAGACUCGGGAGAAGAAGAAGGAGUGUCUCGUGAGUUCCUCAGGGAAUGACAACACGGAGAAUGGGCUGCCCGGCUCCAAGGCGGAAGAGAAACCACCCACCAAAGUGUGA